GGGGGCGGGGCGGGGCGGGGCAGGGGGGAAGGGGCUGCGGCCCAGGCCCAGGCCCGGCGGUCACGGGACUGGGAAGAUGGCGGUCUUCCACUGGCACUCCAGGCACAGGAACUACAAGGCUGAGAUUGCGUCCUGCCGGCUAGAGGCCGCGCCGCUGGAGUUCGGGGACUACCACCCACUGAAGCCCAUCACGGUCACAGAAUCAAAGACAAAGAAAGUAAGCCGGAAAGGAAGCACCUCUUCCACGUCGUCGUCUUCUUCCAGCUCUGUGGUGGACCCGCUGAGCAGUGUCCUCGAUGGAACGGACCCACUUUCCAUGUUUGCAGCCACUGCUGACCCCGCAGCUGUGGCAGCAGCCACGGAGAGCUCCAGAAAGAAACGCAACGGAGAUGACAACUCCAUCGUAGGAUCUGAUUUUGAGCCUUGGGCCAACAAGCGGGGAGAGAUCCUUGCCCGGUACACAACUACGGAGAAGCUGUCCAUUAAUCUUUUCAUGGGAUCUGAAAAAGGCAGAACUGGGACCGCCACUUCCGCAAUGUCAGAGAAAGUCCGGACACGGUUGGAAGAGCUGGACGACUUUGAGGAGGGGUCCCAAAAGGAGCUGUUGAACUUGACGCAGCAGGAUUAUGUGAACCGCAUAGAGGAGCUCAACCAGUCGCUCAAGGAUGCCUGGGCCUCAGACCAGAAAGUGAAGGCCCUGAAGAUUGUCAUUCAGUGCUCAAAGCUUCUUUCGGACACAAGUGUUAUUCAGUUCUACCCAAGCAAAUUUGUCCUCAUCACCGACAUACUGGAUACAUUUGGAAAGCUGGUCUAUGAGCGCAUCUUUUCCAUGUGUGUGGAUAACCGCAGCACCUUACCAGAUCACUUUUCUCCAGAGAACGUAAAUGACACGGCCAAGGAGACAUGCCUGAAUUGGUUUUUCAAGAUUGCUUCCAUCAGGGAACUCAUUCCAAGAUUCUACGUGGAAGCAUCCAUCCUGAAGUGCAAUAAAUUCCUUUCUAAAAUGGGGAUUUCGGAAUGCCUGCCCCGCUUGACCUGCAUGAUCAGAGGCAUUGGGGACCCGCUGGUGUCGGUGUACGCCCGGGCGUACCUGUGUCGGGUGGGAAUGGAAGUGGCUCCACACCUCAAAGAAAGCCUGAAUAAGAACUUCUUUGACUUUCUCCUUACAUUUAAACAGAUCCAUGGGGAUACGGUACAGAACCAGCUGGUGGUCCAGGGAGUGGAGCUCCCGUCCUAUCUGCCCCUGUACUCACCUGCCAUGGACUGGAUCUUCCAGUGCAUCUCCUACCAUGCCCCCGAGGUUUUGUUGACAGAGAUGAUGGAAAGAUGUAAGAAACUAGGAAACAACGCCUUGCUGUUGAAUUCUGUGAUGUCAGCCUUCCGGGCUGAGUUUGUGGCCACUAGGUCCAUGGACUUCAUCAGCAUGAUUAAAGAAUGUGACGAGUCUGGUUUCCCCAAGCAUCUCCUUUUUCGCUCACUUGGCUUAAACUUGGCCUUGGCUGAUCCACCUGAGAGUGAUCGACUCCAGAUUCUCAACGAAGCUUGGAAAGUCAUUACUAAAUUGAAGAAUCCACAGGACUACAUUAAUUGUGCUGAAGUGUGGGUUGAAUACACCUGCAGGCAUUUCACGAAACGAGAGGUGAAUACUGUUUUGGCCGAUGUCAUCAAGCACAUGACUCCAGAUCGCGCAUUCGAGGAUUCCUACCCUCAGCUUCAGUCAAUAAUUAAGAAAGUUAUUGCCCACUUCCAUGACUUCUCAGUUCUUUUUUCAGUGGAAAAAUUUCUGCCAUUUCUGGAUAUGUUCCAGAAAGAGAGUGUGCGAGUGGAAGUUUGCAAAUACAUCAUGGAAGCCUUUAUCAAGCAUCAGCAAGAGCCCACCAAGGACCCCGUGAUUCUGAACGCCCUUUUGCACAUUUGCAAGACCAUGCAUGACUCCGUGAAUGCACUCACUCUCGAGGAUGAGAAAAGAACACUGGCUCAUCUGAUUAAUGGAUUUAUUAAAAUGGUUUCCUUUGGCCAUGAUUUUGAACAACAGCUCAGUUUUUAUGUCGAGUCCAGGUCGAUGUUUUGCAAUCUGGAGCCUGUUCUUGUGCAGUUGAUUCAUAGUGUGAACCGACUGGCAAUGGAAACAAGGAAAGUAAUGAAAGGAAAUCAUUCCAGAAAGACGGCUGCAUUUGUCCGGUUGAAAGGGACUUCAAGCUGGACUGCCUUUAGCAGCAACGCCCUCCCAUCCGAAUGUCCCGAGUUCCUCCUCAUUUGCAGCCACGCACUCUGCUGGACCUGCAGGACCUCAUCCGCCUCUCAGGACUGCCUCUGUCAGGCACCAUGGAGGGGGAAGCAGCCUGCAUUUCCCAGAGUUCUCACGCUCCCACUUUUCUUCUCUCUUGCAGCUGAUGCAUUUUUUAAAGCUGCUAUAAGCCUCGUUCCAGAAGUUCCAAAGAUGAUAAAUAUUGAUGGAAAGAUGCGGCCGUCGGAAUCAUUCCUGCUGGAAUUCCUCUGCAACUUCUUCUCCACCUUAUUGAUAGUUCCGGAUCAUCCUGAACACGGGGUCCUAUUUCUCGUUCGAGAGCUUCUCAAUGUGAUCCAGGACUACACCUGGGAGGACAACAGCGAUGACAAAAUCCGCGUCUGCACCUGUGUCCUGCACCUGCUGUCCGCCAUGAGCCAGGAGACCUAUCUGUACCAUAUAGAAAAAGUUGACUCCAAUGACAGCCUCUACGGUGGAGACUCUAAGUUCCUGGCUGAAAACAGCAAGCUGUGCGAGACAGUGAUGGCUCAGAUCCUGGAGCACCUGAAAACACUGGCCAAGGACGAGGCCUUGAAGCGCCAGAGCUUGCUGGGCCUGUCCUUCUUCAACAGCAUCUUGGCCCACGGAGACCUACGCAACAACAAGCUUAACCAGCUCUCUGUCAACCUGUGGCACCUAGCACAGAGGCACGGCUGCGCAGAUACCAGGACUAUGGUGAAAACUCUAGAAUAUAUCAAGAAGCGAAGCAAACAACCAGACAUGAAUCACCUGACUGAGCUGGCCCUGAGACUCCCUCUGCAGACAAGGACCUGACCCUGGUCUUCCAGUC